UGUCACUCUGACUGCGCUGAUUGAGCAGACUGCUGUUACCACCGUUGUCUGCCUUCGUUUCCACCUCUGCUACAUCAGAUCAGGGGUAUGACUGUCAUCUAAUAACACCUGCUGCUGAAGACCUCUGCCCUGCUGGACAAACACAUGGACACAGACACAUCCAGACAGCAUGGGAUCCAGACUGAAACAAAACCCUGAGCGAACGUUCUACUGGUUCUUUGAAGCAACUUGUCCCGUAGCCAGAGACAAAGAUCCUGGUGUACUGUUUCAGUUUCCAGAGGACUUCAGUGAUGAGGAGUCUUGUCAAAUAUUACCCAGGUUCUGCUUCCCGUAUGACAUACAAAGAGCGAGGGAGGGAGUGGCCGUGCAGCACUUUACCUUUGUUUUGACUGACCUUGGGGGAUGCCAGAGGUUUGGCUUUUGCCGUCUCACCAACAACACACAAACCUGCCUUUGCAUACUCAGUUAUCUUCCAUGGUUUGAAGUGUUUUACAAACUUCUCAACAACUUGGCUGAUUACCUCACAAAAGGACAGACCAAUGAGAUGAAGGCGCUGCUGGCUGCGCUCUACAAGCAGCCCUUACCACUGGCAGCCGGAUCUGUCACUCUGCAGAUGGGAGAGCAGCUAUUGGUCAGCACAGAGGUGUCCCAUCCUGUUGAACACCCAGAGAGAAAAGAGGGGGUUCCAUAUUUCAUCGCUCCAGACCCCAGAAGUCUCCCUUCCAUUCCUGAAAAUAGGAACUUGACAGAACUGAUUGUGGCCGUAGAUGUGGGCAACCUGCUCCAGCUCUAUGCCAGCAUGCUAUUUGAGAGACGCAUCCUCAUCUUUGCCAGCAAACUCAGCACUCUGACGUCUUGCGUGCAUGCACUCAGUGCCGUGUUAUACCCCAUGUACUGGCAACACAUCUUCAUCCCUGUCCUGCCACCCCAUCUACUGGACUACUGCUGUGCACCUAUGCCUUACCUAAUAGGGGUCCACACCAGUCUAUCUGAGCGGGUGAGGAGUCGUGGGUUGGAGGAAGUUGUGAUUCUGAAUGUGGACACAAACACUCUGGAAACCCCCUUUGAAGACCUAAAAAGGAUACCUUCAGACGUGAUGUCCGGGCUGAAGGCGUGUUUGAAGCGACAGGCGGUGUCUCCUGGGUGUGGUGUCUCAAGGGCGUUCCUGAGAGCUCAGGCUUUGCUGUUCGGAGGCUACAGGGACGCGCUGCAGAGUCACAAGGAGGGUGAGAUGUAUUUCAGUGAGGAACUGUUUCUAGAUCACAAGUCUGCCAGUAUGAGGCAGUUCCUACAGAGUGCCAUUCAUUUACAGUCCUUCAAACAGUUCAUCGAUUGCCGCCUGGAUAUUCUGAACAAAGAGACGGAACCAGAUGAUCUCUUUGAGGAGGAGAUCUUGAAGUGUGAAACAGCUGCAGGGAGAAGCAAAUCUUAUCAACAGUUAGUUGGGAAUUUAAAGAAAGGGGGAGGAGCGCUCAUCCUUAACAUGAAGUCCAAAGCAAACAUGAGGGCCAAAGGUCUCGCCAGGUCUGGUUUGAAAAACCUGCUGAUGCACAAGGCCCACAAUGAAGACCACGCCCUUCAGAGAGGAGGAUCUGUGUCGCACCGCCGUGCCCAAUCCGACUGCUUGCAGAACCGCCUGCCAAUCACACAACACUUUGGGAGGUCACGUCCCCGUCGGCCUGUUCUCAAACAUAGGGCUCCCGGAGACGAGGGGGACUUGCAGGACACUGAAGACACAUGGGAUGGAGCUGUGUCUGGGCCCCUGGUCGAGCCGGACUCUGAGCUCCAGAAGGAUGAAGAAGAGGGGGAAGAUUCGCUGCUGUGUGACCCGGAGGAGAUGGAUCUGCUGGGGGAGAUCUUUGACACGCUCAGCUCCCGGAGCUGCCACGAGCGCGGACUGCUGUACGGGACACGCAGCCUGGAUCUGUUUGGACCAGACAGCCAUGACUAUAUCACGAAGGUCGGUUUUCCAGGCAACCCCAGCCAGGAGAGCCUGUCUCUGUCUAUCGGCAGUGGCAGCCUGCACAGCUGGAAUCUGGAAACCACAGAGGAGUUGUCAAACCUGACGGAGGACUCCGAUUGGCUGUGCCUGGACACCAGCGUACCAGAGGAGGUGGGGACAGAGAGUCUGCUGGCAGCGUGUGAAAUGGGGGAGCAAGAAAGCAGACAGAGGGAGGUCAGAGAGAAACAGGAAGAAGUGAAGGUAGAAAUAAACGGGAACCAAGAAGAAGAAGAAAUAGACGACGGAAAUAACUUUAAGGAAGUGAAGUUAGAGGAAGAGACGAAGCAAGAGGGUCAAGAAAAGAGAGUGAGUUUAGGAGAGGACCUUGUGAAGGAAAUGACUGAGAAGCGAGAGGAUGAAGGGUUGAAAGAAAAGAGGGAAGAUGAGCAAAAUCAGGGUGAGGAGGUAGCUGAGGGACAAGAGGUGGAAAAAGGGACAAAUGAAAUGCAGAGAGGUGAAGCAAGAGAAGAAGAGGGAAAAGAGAAGCAGGAGGACAAAGGUGAAGAGGUGACUCUAAACCAACUGAAUCCCCAUCAUCCCAACGCUGAGGAGGAGGACAAUCUGAAAUCCACAGCUUCUCCUGAGCCUCGGAGUCUCGUCGAUGACCCUAAACCUCCAGCAGGUCAAGAGAAAAUUAGUGAAGAAGCAGUGAAGAAAGAAGAGCAGGAGGAGAGGCCGACUCCUUCUCCUCCGAAAGUGCUGUCUGCUGUAGCACGCUUCCAGUCUCAGGCGCAUAGCCAGGGCUUUCAGGUGAAGUCCAAGAUCAAGGAACUGGCUGAACCUGGGAGACCUUGCAACAUGCUUCGGAGCAAGGAGAACGCACAAACGCGGCCACCGUGUGACUCAGAAGAGAAAAAAUGCUCAGAGGGACAUGAGGAGGAAGACCCGCCUUUAAUCAGAGUGUCUGAACUGAAGAAGAGAUUUGAAGUUUAAAGGGUGAGGCUGGUGACUUUCUAGUUUGCCUUACUUUCAACAAAAUCCCAUGAAAAUACCAAAAUGAGCAAUGUGUAAGUUUGUCUCUCAGUACUCUGAUUUCUCCUGCCUGUCUGUGAUUCUCUGCCCCAAGCCCUUUUGUUGCUAUUACAGAUGUUAAUCUCAGAAAAAUGGGUCACAAAUAUAUAGGUUGCAUCCGAAAUUCCAUACUAACAUGGUAUUUAGUACGCUAAAACAGUAUGUGAGAUAUUUUAGUAUGUCCGAAACCUUAGUAUGAAACCAAUAGUGCGCAAAUUGCAGACUAUUUACGGUGAAAUAUUGGACACUACAGCAGCAUAAAUAUCCCACAAUGCAAUGCGGUAGUGACAACAACAUUCAUAACAGACUUUGCCAGACAGCUCUGUAACGUCAUUAGAGCUUCAAUUUAACUGUAAGUAUAAGAUUUCACUUUGCUAGGCGGAAUAUAUAUUUAAAACUCGUUCAGACUUUAAUUCUCACAAAUCGUCGUUUUGGUCUCAUGAGGUUGGCACGGGUUACCAUGGUUACACAUUUCCAACCAGCAAGGAGGCUCUCAGGAAGUGACGACGUAAAUUAUUGCUCGGUGCGUCCAAAAAGAUCCAUACUACUGUUUAUUCACACAAAAGUAUGUUGAACGAUAGUACACGAAUUGAGUAUGUAGUGCAUAGUAUGUGAUUUCAGACGAAGCCAUAGUUUCAUUUUUAUGUCUCCACACCGGUGACAGCCGUGGAGGCAGGCAUUAUGUUUACAGGUUGUCCGACUGUCCGUCUGUACCAUUCUCGUGAACGCAAUAUCUCAGGAACACCUGGAUGGAAUUUUCUUCAAAUUUGGCACAAAUGUCCACUUGGACGAAAAGAUAAACUGAUUAGAUUUUGGUGGUCAAAGGUCACUGUGACCUCACAAAACUUUGAACACUUUAAGCAAAUGUUACACAAACUGGAGUAAAUAGUGCUUUUGUUGUGGACUAUUAUCAGCCACAGAUUUGGUGCGCGGGUGAGUAUUGAUGCCUUCAAAUGGGGUCGUGUUUACUGUGUUCACGAGAAGAGUCCAUAUGAACCUCUUGUGGUAUUCACGACCUCGUAAGUUGAAAGUUUCUGAAAGCUUAGAGUUCACGAGUUGUGACGUAUUU